UCACUUCGGAGCUUUCCGGAUCAUUGAGACAACGUUCAAACCGAUUUACGUUUAUCUCCGCGCGUAAGACUUUUUCUCAACUGCAGCUGUCCCUCGUUUGUCGUGCUCCUUCUUCAUCGUCAUCAUGAGCCAGCGCAUGCUUUCCUCCGUCAUCCGCGCACGGCCUAAUGUCGUCCUUCGUCGCGCUGCGACCUCCGCCCUCACCACACCACACCGCUUUUCAUCAUCGGACUCGCACAGUCAAGAAACGUUUGAGCAGUUCUCUGAGCGCUACGUCGCUUUCUUCCAAGGCGCACAGGACCUCUUUGAGGUACAACGUGGCCUCAACAACUGCUUCGCACACGACCUCGUUCCUUCACCUGGUGUUGUUGAAGCUGCCCUCCGUGCAUCACGCCGGGUAAACGACUACGCAACUGCUGUCCGUGUCUUCGAGGGCAUCAGGGAAAAGGUGGAGAACAAGCAGCAGUACCAAGCUUACUUGGACGAAUUGAAGCCGGUCAGAGAGGAACUUGGAAUAAACACACAAGAGGAACUUUAUAUUUCAUAAAAUCUGCCUGAGUAGCGGGUUCCAUAUGCAGUGCCUCACAUAUUAUCGUCACUUAUUGUUUUCUUUAAUCCACAGCGCGCGGAUUUACACCCUGUUGUGGCACAUAUUGAGCACUGUUCUACUCAUUGGUGUAUUGACCUUUUGAGGCCAAUAAACUGUCUUCUGAACAAGGUCAUCUCGUCUGAAAGAAUUGUUUGCUUGGGGUUAAUUUUCG